UGAAAGCCAUUAUCAUCAAUGGAAGGCGAUGGCGAAACGUCUUCGAUGCCCGGCAGUCGUCAGUAAUAGUUUCAAUAUGCCUCGACUGUUCAGUACACGGCGUUUCUUCCUGUGCGGAAAGAAUAGGUUAACCCUUUGCAAUGCCAUCUAUCUUCUACUUCUGGGCACUAUAUCUUUUAUGUUGAUACUGCAACUGCAAGGGGACGUUGAACCACAAGAAGUUGAGGUUUCAACUGCACCGCCACCUCGAAUUUUCUGCAUAGUUAUUGCUUAUGCCUAUCGCCAUGACCACUGCGCCAUUCAUGUCCACCGGACUUGGGUCAAACACUGUGAUCACUAUCUUUUCGUCAGCGAUAAUAGUCAUCCCUAUUUGGAACCGGCGGUAUUUAUGAAUCUACACGGCAGAUGGCACGAGCUGAGGGCCUAUCUGGAGUAUGUCUACAAGUAUCACUUCCAUCAGGGUGACUGGUUCCUCCUUGCCAAUGAUGAUAAUUUUGUAGUGGUGGAAAAUCUUCGGCACAUGUUAAAGUCCUACAGUCCCAAUGAGCUGAUCUAUUUUGGCUGCAAGCUGCGGACACCCAAUGGCUUGGCCUACAUGUUUCCAGGUUCAGGAAUAGUCUUAAGCGGAGCAGCUCUCAAACGGUUUGUCCUCACAGCCCUGACCAACGAGAGCAUCUGCAGCUCCGAGGAAAAAGGUAAUGAUGCCACCGAGGAACUGGGCCGCUGUCUUACCAAUAUCAAUGUGAUAGCUGGUGAUAGUCGAGAUGAGUUCCAAGGCCAUCGAUUCCUGCCCUUUGAAGCAGAAGUGCAUUUGGGAGGUAAACUAAAUGAAUCCAUAGAGGAGCAUGAACGUUUUCUGAAACAUUCAUAUGAACCAGUGAUAAAUCUAAGCUUGCCAGUUUCUUUGCGAUUGAUAUGCUUUCAUCUUACAAACAUAUAUAAUAUUUAUGACUUUUACUAUUUUGUAUAUAGAACUCGAAUUUUUGGUUCGCAAUUUAAUUUUGAUUCGGAAAAUGACGAUAUGGGAUUGGAAAAUGUAUACGAGUUUAAUGAUAAUUUACGAAAUAAGCAACUUUCUUAAGACUGAUCUUAUUUUUAAAUAAAAUAAAUUCAGAAAAGAUUUAUACAA